GAGUUCCGCUCUCCCUUUCCGUUCCGGAGUCACAGUCGCAAACAUGGCUGCAGAGGGAGACGUAGAUUUGGAGCUUGAAGCCGACGAGAACUGCACGGGAAAACCGGUUGAGAAACUCCGCAAACAUGACAGCGGCGCGGCCGAUCUGGAGCGUGUCACCGAUUAUGCGGAGGAGAAAGAGAUCUCCAGUUCUGACCUGGAAACGGCUAUGUCUGUGAUCGGAGACAGAAGGUCCAGGGAACAGAAAGCUAAACAAGAGAGAGAGAGAGAGCUGGCCAAGGUCACCAUCAAGAAAGAUGAUGUGGAGCUCAUUAUGACAGAGAUGGAGAUUCCUCGAGCAGUAGCAGAGCGCAGUCUGAGGGAACACAUGGGGAAUCUGGUGGAAGCACUGAUUGCGCUCACAAACUGAUUCCCCUACACAUACCAAGACACACAAUUGAGGUUCCAGAGAACCGCUUUCAAAGAUGCACCCAGCAUUUAGAACCAGGAAAUCUCUUGAGGUGGUUUCACUAUUCUGCAGGAUGGAGACAGGAAACUGUUUGGACUGCUUUUUCCCUACCAGCACGGCGUUUACUGACUUUAAUGAUUCUAUUAGAUCUAACUGGCUCAUGGACAAAAGUGGAGUAUGUUUGUAUUUCAAGAAACAAAAUAAAUGUAUCGUGCAUAUUUA